AUGGAACUUUGGACUAACUCUUGACAAGACCCUGUUGCAGGCCUCAAAGCAACCUCUGCUUGCAUGUGUUUAGGAGAUUUAAAGUCAGACGGCGAGUACAACUUAGUAAUCGCUGAUUUAAAGAAGAAGCUCCGAGUCUACCGUGGGACUUCUAUAGCGUGGGAAAGUUUGUUACUAGAUGUCCCUUCAGCAGUGGCUAUUUAUUAUUCAGAAAUUGACGCUCCUCCUAAUUUAGCAGUGGCGUCUGGCUCAUUUAUUUUUAUUUACAAAAAUUCGAGGCCUUUCUUUAAGUUUACAUUGCCAAACCUUGAGCUUCCGCCUGAUGAAGUUUCUAUAUGGGAAGCUUUAAAAGAAAGCAGGAUGGAUCCAACUGAAGCUAUAGCAAGAUUAUCUUCUUUAAGAGAAUCUAUGAGUUUGCUAAGUAAUAGGUCUUUGGAUUUGUUAUCGUAUGACUCAGAUGAAGAAAGACUGGAAUUUAUUGAAGCGACUAAGUUGACUCCACUGGUACAAAAUACGUCAAUUACCACAUUGGGAGUGCUUAAAUUAGGGAUGACAGGAAAAAACCCAUCCUCAAAAAAGUCCAUUAUCGAAUUAAGGUCAUCAUAAGUAGAUAUAAAGCCCCACAAAUUCAACUGCAAAGACUAAUCACAUAAUCAAUUCUAAACUCUUAUUAUCAAAGAGAAAUGAAUAAAGUAAACAAAUAGCAUCUAAAUUAACACUUGAUUUCAACAGUAGUAAUUUUUUGAUUCUCAAAAACAGCAUGAAAAAACCCUAAUAAAAAUAAAUCAUUAAUACAAUUGCAUAAGAGAGAGUCCUCAAAACGAGUGAUAAUAUAGGAAAAUAGAUAUCUACAGCAAGAAUACAUCAAAUACUUGAUUAUUAGAACAAAAACUCAUAAUAAAUUAUAAUUGCUAUAUGAUAUUAAAAAGCAAAUAAAUAGGAAAAAACAUUACAGGAAAAAAACCCUCAUUAGAAAUUUUUGGCUAAAAAAUUCCAGGAAAAAACCCCCUAGUGAUGUUAGGUACCAAAAAAAUUGCAGGAAAAAACCCCCAAUGGUGGUAAAAUCCUGGAAAAUUCCAGGAAAAAACCCCUGAGAAAAUUAUAAAAAACUCAUUUAAAAAAUAAUAAUUUAAAUACCCUUCACUAAAAGGUUAAGUCAUCUAGCACAAGCUGAGCUAGUGCAGGAUGCGUCACAAGUGGUGCAAGGUGAGCUAUAUAGUGCUAUAUAGUGCAAGAUGUGCUAUAUAGAUUGCUAAAGAGCGAGUUCAGGAUUAAUCACAGGUGAUGCAAGGUAAUAUAUUAUCGGGUGCAAAGAUUCAAAACACAUUUAGAUCUCGAUGAAACAAUACCCCAAGAGGUAAAGUAGCGAUCUGAUAUGUCAAAAUGAUAAUGAUAAAUAUCAAUUUUAUUACGAUACAGAUUAUUUUUGACAAAUAGUUUCUAUAGGCUUUGUUAAUCAAGCCAAACGUGAAUUUUUCAUGAAAGCGGUCUUUGACAUUUUAAGUUUAUCUCUUUAGAUCACUACUUUUACUCUUUAGGUAUUAUUACACCUUGAUCAUAUUAGCUCUUAAACCUAGCUGCAGUUUGAUGCAAGGUGAGCUAGUACAGGAUUUGUCACAGGUGGAUACAAGAUGUGCUAGUAUAGAGUGAGUGCACUGCAGGUUGAUAAAAAGUGAAUUAGUACAGGAUGCGCUGUAUUCUGAUUAAAGAUGAACUAAACAGGAUAUGUCACAGGUGGAUACAAUAUUAGCUGCUAAAGUUUAAAGGAUUAAUAUUAAUCUUUAUGAAACAAUACCUAAAGAGUAAAAGUAGUUAUAUUAAAAAAGAAAAACUGAAAUGACAAAGGCUAUUUUCAUUUUAAACUAGCGUUUGGCUAGACAAACGGAUUCUACUGAAAAUAUUCGUCAAGCCAAAUCUGUACUUCUCAUAAAAAUGCCAUUAUUUCGAUUUUGACUUUUCAGAAAGCUACUGUACCUCUUCAGGUAUUGUUUCAUAGAGAUCAAAAUAUGUUUUCAAGCCAUACAGGAUGUGCUGCAGGUUGAUGUAAGAUGAGCUAGUUCAGAUACGUUAUAGGUGGUACAAGGUGAGCUGGUACAAAAUGAUACAAGGUUAGCUAGUGCAAGAUGUGCUGGAUACAAUAUGUGAGAAAUAGUUGAAAUAGUAAAAUGGGAUAAAUGGUAUCAUAGUGUAAUCAUUUAUCUCAUUUUAUUUCAUAUGUUUUAUUGUAUUUUAGUGUUUAUAUAUAUAAACGGUGCUAGAUUUCUUAACCUUUUCGUUAAGAGGAUUUUAAAUUAUUAUUUUUCGAACGAACUUUUUAUAAUUUUCCCACUUCCCCCUUUAAAUUGGAAUAAAAAAAUUUGUUCCAAUUUAAAAGGAGGUUAAGAAAAUUUUAAAAAAAUAUUUAUAAAAAAUUCAAAAAUUUAUCGAAUUAGAUUAAUAAAUUUGUUUAAUAAAAUGCUAUUUAGUCAUUAUCCAUUACAAAAAGUAAGAUAUAACUAAAUUUUAAUUAUUAGUUAAUGUGCCACUAUUAAUUGGUAUCAAAACUAUUUACGCAGAAAAUUUAUUAAUCAAAGUGCUAUUUUAUUUAAAUAAAAUAUUAUUUAUUAUACUCUAUUCUUAAAAUAAAGCAAGAAAUAAAUUAAAUAUUGAAAUUUUGUAAAGAAUUCGUAUUGAAUUUAUAUAUCAAAAUAAUUUAGAUAAAAAAUGUUAUUUUUAUCUAAAAAAUAAAAAUUUUUAAACAAAAUAUUUAAAUUGUUCUAAACAUUUAGCAAUUAAGGAUAUAAAUUUAUUUAAAUAAGAUGCUCUUUAUGCUCUCUUCUAUAAACAAGAGCAAGAUAUAACUAAAUUCAUAAUUUUAGUUAAGAAGAAACAUUUAACUUAUAUCAAAACUUUUUACAUAAAAAAUAAUGGGGGUGAGUCAGGGGUUUUUUUCCUGGAAUUUUCCAGGAUUUUACCACCAUUGGGGUUUUUUCCUGCAAUUUUUUUGGGUACCUAACAUCACUAGGGGUUUUUUCCUGGAAAUUUUUAGCCAAAAUUUCUAAUGAGGGUUUUUUCCUGUAAUGUUUUUUCCUAUUUAUUUGCUUUUUAAUAUCAUAUAGCAUUUAUAAUUUAUUAUGAGUUUUUGUUCUAAUAAUCAAGUAUUUGAUGUAUUCUUGCUGUAGAUAUCUAUUUUCCUAUAUUAUCACUCUUUUUGAGGACUCUCUCUUAUGCAAUUGUAUUAAUGAUUUAUUUUUAUUAGGGUUUUUUCAUGCUGUUUUUGAGAAUCAAAAAAUUACUACUGUUGAAAUCAAGUGUUAAUUUAGAUGCUAUUUGUUUACUUUAUUCAUUUCUCUUUGAUAAUAAGAGUUUAGAAUUGAUUAUGUGAUUAGUCUUUGCAGUUGAAUUUGUGGGGCUUUAUAUCUACUUAUGAUGACCUUAAUUCGAUAAUGGACUUUUUUUGAGGAUGGGGUUUUUUCCUGGAAAAAACCAGGAAAAACACACAGUUGGGUUUUUUUCCUGUAUGGUUUGCAAAUUUUUCAAAAAUUACCGUUGGGGUUUUUUCCUGGAAAAUUCAAGGAAUUCUACUUUUCAGUCAUUUUCAUCAGAAAAAAAAGGACAGGAAAAAACCUCCUAGGGGUUUUUUCAGGACAACCCUUAAAUUAGACCAAGAGCUAGAAAAUGCAGUAUCAGUGCUUGUUAUUGGGACUGAGCACAAGUUUUUGUAUGUUUUAGAUAAAACAGGCUCAGCUAUUAUUACAAAAGUUGUAUUGCCAGAUGUCCCUGCCUUUAUAUCGACUGCUGGACUUUUUAGUGGUGAGUAUCGAAUUCUUGUGGCUUGUAGGGAUUCUAAUAUAUACACAGUAAAAAAUGGGCAGCUGAUGCCAAGCAUCAUAGAGCUGGAAACCCACUCAGUAGGCCUUAUUAAUAUUGACCGAAGCAUUUUUGUGGGAUCUGUUGACCAAAAAGUACAUUGUUACCACAUCUUAAACUUAGACUUAAAUUAACAGAUGGCGCUAACGUAGCCACUGAGGAUCUCCAAGGAGAUUCAAACCGCCUUGCGGUAUUCCUUCCACCAGGGAUGGGAAUGUCUCCCCCUUGCCUUCCGGUUUCAUAUUAAGUUGACAGUCUUCGGACUUCUGUGGCUUGCUUGAGACUGAGGGUACACAAAAAACCAAAAAAAUGGAUUUCCUGGUCGACUAUUGCCAAAAAAUGAAACUCGUUGCCUUGGGUGUAGCUCUGGAGAAUUUUACACGAUAGCCUAGGCAUUGCUUGUAGACUAGGCUGGGCAUCACUUUUCCAACUUCCGAGUCCCUUUCUCCCCUGAGGUAAAAAUCCAACCCAGAAAUUGGACUAGGGCUAGGCUCUAUACAUUACUGAAUUGCUUACCUAGCAUAGCUGCCCUUUAGCCGAGUUCAUAAAACUUUGUCAGAUAUAAUUUAAAUAUCUAUUGCUACCACAUCAAAGGGAGAAAGCUUUACACUCUAUACAUGCCUGAACAAGUUUCCUGCAUUGAAAUGCUAAAGCUCACAAGAGCUCGUGUAUUCAAAGGUCUACUUGUAGCAUUAGCUAAUGGAGAAAUAAGGCUUUAUAAAGAUAAAGUUCUAUUACACUCUUUGAGUAUUGGAGAAACUAUAUUAGGGAUGGCUUUUGGGUCUUAUGGAAGAGAAGAAGGAUCAUUGGUGCUCAACGUCAAAAGUGGAGGAAUUGUGGUAAAACUUAUUGACAAAAAGGCAAAUUUAGAAGGGAGAAAUGAGUUCAUUGGACCUCCGCCUGAACAAGAAAUCCCAUUAGUGAUACCAGCUAAGUCCAAACUGUAUUUAGAACAAGUUGAUAGAGAAAAAGAAAGCGCUAGACAGAUGUAUGGAGGAUUUUUGAGAGAUUUGACAUCAUUAAGAUUGAGGACUGCAAAAGCAUAUUUGCAGUUACAAUAUCAAGAGCCAACUAAUCAGAGCAUAGAGUCACAGCUGAGUAUGGGUGCUUAUGUUCAAGGAUUAGGCCCACUUUUUACAAUAAUUUUGGAAGUACAAAAUCAGGGCAGGCAAUCUUCUACAGAUAUUGUCGUUUCUUUUUCAUAUGACCCUAAGCUUUUUCAAAUUCUUACACCUCUCACUUAUUUCCCUUGCUUAGUCCCUACACUUAAGUAUCGACAAGAAAUAGCUGUUCGAAGUAUUGAAGGAGCAAGUGAAAAUAUCAGGGUCUUUUUACAAAAUAAAGUUUCUUGCUUGCCUAUUAUAUCUGCUUUUAUUACAAUUCCUGGCUGUGAUUUAGUUUAA